AUGGCCUCCCGACAACCGGCAGACGUCCACGCCACCGCGGCGCACGAGUUCCGCAUCCUCGGGCGCUGAUUUGAACCCAUCCUCAUCAUUUCAAACAGCACCGAAUGGCUACAGCACAAGCCAGGAGCCAGAGAGGACUUUCAGCGCUGUCGUAGCAGACGCCCUCGACGCGUAGGCUCCUGGCGACGUCGCGACGCAGCAGCACGGGCCCUGCACCAUCGGUAAGGGAAAUGCGUUAUAUCGUCGCGGGAGGCCUAGAACUGCCCUCACCAGCGGAGAGCUGGCGCUGAGGCGGCGAGCGCUGAGCCGUCGUCGGCGUCUGGGACGGCGGCGGCGUCGAGAGGGCGACGGAAUAUGUAAAUGAGCGACGGGCCCAAUCGGCCUCCCUCUGGCAGUGUGUCGCGGUCCUUGCUGCCGUUCUGUGGAGGGCUCGCGCACGUCCGGCUCGUCGCGAUCUGCCGCACGGCGUCGCAGCUCAGUCGACGCGUUCUGCAUCCCGGCGACCGGACGCCUCGCCGACGAACCGACUUGAUGCCCCUUGCCAAAAUCUAAUUUCAUUUUGCUUUGCUUAGCUGGCAGCCUAGCCACCGACCGUGUGACCGUGGACCUGUCCCACCAAGUGUCCCGCCCCCGGCGCCCUCAUACGCCGUCGCCCCGAGUAUAGCUAGGUAGCGACGACGACGACGAGGGGGGGCGCAACCCCAUCAUCGCCCAAGGAGGAGGAGGGCGGGUUCCUGGACACGCUUGCGUCGAAACUAGACGAGGGCGGCCCGGAUGUAGUGGCCGUCGACGAGGACGUCGUCGACAUCGUGCGGGGCUGGGGCCCGCCGCCGCCCCGUUUAGAUGAUGAGACGGACGAGGCCUAUCAGGAGCGGCUCCGCAAAGGCGGCUACGCCUGCUGGCUGCCGGCCGAGGGCGAAUCCAUGGAUCAAUGGCGGCAUCGAAUUGCCAAGGCGACGCCUCUACAUGGAGAAACGGACGCGCAGUGGUUACGGAGGAUGGUCCCCGACGUUGAGGACAGGGGUACGCAGACGCUCUUGCGAGGACACGACGACGACGACGACGACGACGACGAGGACGACGGCGGAUUCGGACGGAGGCGUCGCAAGCACCCGCACGACGCGCACGAGAAGCGGAGAAGGAGGCUCCACAAGCAGGCGCGCGCGCGUAGACAACGGGAGCACCACGAGCUCGGCCUGGCGCACCACCACAGCAAGCGGCACGGGACGCAUUCGGUAAGGGGCAUGCCGAUCCAGCAAGCGCUCCAGCUCAUCCCGGCGCUGCUGGAGGAGGCGCUGCGGGCGGAUGUCACCGCGGCGGUCCACGAGGCGCGCGCGCGCGGCGACGCGCUCGUCGCGUCGCUCGUCGCGGCGGCGGCGGCCGCGAAGCCCUUCCGGACGCUCGCGAUGACGGCGUGCGUGCGGCGCUUCGGCAUGCGUAAUUUAGCCGUGAAGAAGCUGCGCGCGGUCGUCGCGACCUGUAAGGAUGACAAGGCGCGUGCAAGGCACAUGCGGCUGGAGCUCUUUGCGGUGCUGCUUGGCUUAGCGCCGGGCGACGGCCGGUCGCACGCGCCGGAACGGGACCCCGAGGCGCUAGAAGCGGCGGAUUUGAAAUGUUUGAAUUUAGUUGUAAGGCGGUACGUGGGCCUGGUCCACGCGCAGUCGAAUGCGACCGACGCGGCGCGCCAGGCGCCGGCCGAGCUGCGCAUCGAUAUCGCGGCAGCUCUCCUGCUUCAUCUGGCCAGGCUCCUCAGAUCAGUGCAGUUAUCGCGCCCCAAGGCCAAGGGCUCACUUAAGGUACGCAGGGGUGCUCUCUGGAGGUACUUUUGGCGCGCGCAAGCACGCGUAA